UGAAUCCUCGACUGGUCUGGUAAAGCGAAGUGCAGUCGUGUGCGCGCAAUCAGGGACAAGCGCAUAGCAUAGUAUACGUGUCUUGGUGUAUAUAUAAGUAUAGUAAGCGAACACUGAACACAUUUCGACGCGCGCGACUUUUGACAGUUUUGACGUAGUGCGCAGUGCGCACGCAACUGAGACUCGCACACACGUGCACUGUGCAUCAGUGACGGCGAGACUGCGAGAGCAAGAAGAAAUAAGUGUACAAUAAUAAAGCCAGAAUAAAAGUGUGAGUGUAGCGCGUGUGGGUGAGCGGAUGCACACAGGCGCGGCUUUUCGCGAUCCGCGAAAAACACAAGCGUACACUGCGCGCUCGCGCGGGUGGUCGAACUCUUGCCAUUCUUCGUCUCUGUCGCUCCUCUUCAAAGGCUAUAGACUGCGUGUUGUAUAUAUACAUGUAUAGUGGUGCCGUGACGGGGGUGGCGCAAAGAGAGCUCCCCUAAAAAUCGGGAGAAAGGAAGAGUAGCUGCUGGCAAGAGUGUCGUCGCGAGUUGCAGCGUAACAACACAUCACACACACUCGCGACAAGAGAGAAAAAAAGGGGUGGACUGGCAGUAGUAGAGACUCGGGGGCGAGUACAUCAGUGUAUAUAUAUAUACCCAAGUACAGUGUGAUGAAGACGCGAAGAGGAGUAGUAUAUACGCGGUGGGUGGAGAGGAGAGAGCGAUGAUCUAAAAAAAGGCCGUGAUUAUGUUAUUGCGGGAGGCGGCGUCGCAGCAGCAGCACCGCAGACCGAUCAAGAUUGCGCGCCACCGCACGCAGCAUCGCUAUACCUACGUCAGUGCUAUGCCGCCGCCGACGGGCGUGAUUUCUUCCUGCUGCUCGUCGGCCCGCGCCUCAGUUCACUCAGUUGUACUCCGAGACUGCCGUCGUCUCGAGCUAACCUAAAAAGCCAUUGUCGCAAUAAGGAUACUGCUCUCUCUCUCUCUUUCUCUCUGUGUCUCGCCCGCGUUGACGAGGAGUGUCGAGGAGCUGAACGGGGGACAGGAAUUAUGGUAGCCGAGUUCUGCGGCGGAGGAGGAUCGACGAGCAAGAGGAUCAGCUCAGCGGACGACUCGGCAGCCGAGGAAGAGGAGGACGACGACCGCAGUGAGUGUCUCUACUGCUGACGAGGAGUGCCCUAAUCGCUGCUCUCACUCACUCUCUCUCUCUGCAUACUGUCGAGCUUCUUCCCAUAUACUACACUUCUCUCCUCUACUUUCUGUGUGCAUCCACCUAUACAGCCCUGUCGUCCCGUCGUGCUGCUGCUGCUCGUUGUCUACUUGCGCUAUCCUGUAAUUUGCAUAAUUUAUACGCGCGCGUGAGCGACUGACUGUGCGAGAGACCAGACCUUUUAAAUGCAAGACUAACGUAUCUUCUUCCAAGAUAGACUAUGGCUAUAGAGUGUGAUGGAGUGAAGAUGACGUCAAUACAAUUUUUGCUGUAGUCUUGGUGUUUAUCCAAGAACUCAAUCAAGAAAUCCCAAACAAUGCAUAUCCUUGGAGAGUUAUGGUUGUUACUUUAAGAAGAAUAUGUCUAGAACUUUCAACAGUGCAUCACAGUUAUAUUAAAAAUGCAAGCCAAAAAGCGCUACUUGCUCUUGUUUGUAACAUGUGCAUUCCUUGGCUUCUGCUACUUUGGUGGUUAUCGCUUAAAGGCAAAAAGUUCAAGUAAAAAGAAGACAGCACAAGAGGAUCUACCGUCUUACUAUGCCUUGGAUCCAAAUUACCAAGAGAACUAUGAGAAAUGGUCGAAAGAGUUAAACAACCAACCACCAUCACCUCCAAAUUUGAAAAAGUGUGAUAUGAAAACAUGUUUUGACUUCACAAAGUGUAAGGAGGGAUUCACCGUUUAUGUGUAUCCUAUCGAAGAUACGAUCAGUCCAUUAUACCAAAAAAUAUUAAAUGUCAUCACAGAAUCCCGAUAUUAUACGUCAGAUCCAUCACGAGCUUGUUUAUUUGUUUUGGCUCUGGAUACGCUUGACAGAGAUCCUUUAUCGACUGAAUUUGUACAUAAUCUACCUAGUAAAGUUGCGCGAUUGCCAUAUUGGAAUAAUGGAAAAAACCAUUUGAUUUUUAAUUUGUAUUCGGGCACUUGGCCUGACUAUAUAGAAGAUGCCAUGGCCUUUGAUUAUGGAUACGCAAUGCUUGCAAAAGCAAGCAUGUCAAUCAUGAAGUUAAGAGAAGAUUUUGAUGUAUCGAUACCGCUUUUCACCAAGCAACAUCCUGAAAGGGGAGGGGAACCUGGUUUAGCCAUCCAUAAUCACUUUCCUAAUAAGAAGAAGUACUUGGCAGCUUUUAAAGGAAAAAGGUAUGUCCAUGGCAUUGGAUCGGAGACAAGAAAUGCUCUUCACCACUUGCACAAUGGAAAGGAUCUCAUAUUUGUUACAACUUGUCGGCAUGGAAAAUCCUGGAGAGAAUUGCAGGAUGAACAUUGUCCACAAGAUAUUCGAGAGUAUGACAUGUAUGACUAUGAUGUUCUCUUGCUUAACUCUACAUUCUGUCUUGUUCCUCGAGGGCGUAGGCUUGGUAGCUUUCGAUUUUUAGAAGCAUUAAGAGCUGGAUGUAUUCCCGUUAUUUUAAGCAAUGGAUGGGCUCUUCCUUUUCAUGAUCGCAUCGAUUGGUUUCAAGCAGUGAUUUACGCUGAUGAAAGGCUUCUUUUUCAAGUUCCGGACAUUUUGCGAUCAGUGGUAGAAGAAAAAAUUAUGGUGUUGAGACAAACAACGCAGUUUUUGUGGGAGCGAUACUUCUCGUCGCUAGAGAAAAUUAUAUUCACAACUUUUGAGAUUAUUCGCGAACGAAUUCCAUGGGAAGGUCGAAGAGAGUAUCGCGUUUGGAAUCGGGAUCCCGGAGCAUUGGCCAUUUUACCGAAAUUUUCUGAUACUCAGCAAGACCUUCCAUUCCAGGAUUGUGAAUCUGGAGAUACGUUUACUGCCAUAAUUUACUCUCAGCUAGGGUCCACUGCAGUUCUUUAUCGCCUACUGAAGAGCCUUGCAAAGAGCAAAUAUUUAGACAAAAUUAUAUUAAUGUGGAACUCAGACAUUCCACUACCAAGAAAGCCACGCUGGCAAGGCAUCAAGGUACCAAUCCAUAUUGUACCUGCCUCCGGAAUAUCUUAUAGAUUUCACCCUCACCCUUUGAUCAAAACUAGUGCCAUAUUAUCAUUAGAUGAAGAUGUGACCCUCAAUACUGAUGAGAUCGACUUUGCUUUUGUCGUCUGGCAAAGCUUUCCAAAUCGAAUCGUUGGGUAUCCUGCUAGAUCUCACUACUGGGACGAUUCCAAGCGAUCGUGGGGUUAUACGAGUAAGUGGACAAAUGAUUACAGUAUGGUCUUGACAGGGGCUGCCUUCUAUCAUCGUUACUAUAAUACUCUGUACACUGAGACGUUAAGCUCGACACUUCACAAAACUGUUGAGCAGUCGCAGAAUUGCGAAGAUAUUUUGAUGAACUUUCUAGUGAGCCAUGUCACUCGUCGUCCUCCAAUCAAAGUGACACAGCGCAAAAUGUAUAAAGAUACAACGGCUGCUGGGAAAAAAUCUCCAUGGAACGAUCCAGAUCAUUUUAUCCAGCGUCAAACCUGUAUGAAUACAUUUGUUGCCGUUUUUGGUUACAUGCCAUUACUGCGAUCGAACAUGAGACUGGACCCUGUACUUUUUAAGGACCCUGUAAGCAACUUGCGCAAAAAGUAUAGGCAAAUUGAACUAGUUACUAACUAGAAUUGUAUACAUUUUAUUAUCGAAUAUAUAUAAAUACGGUUACUCGAAAGGACGAUAAUAAAAAAAGUUGUGAGGUUGAGGUUGGGAUGAAUUUUGUAAGAUUGCAAGAUGUAUAAUUUUAUGGCCGUGCCAUGUAUGGUAGUUUGGUGAGGCUAUAUAAAUAUUAAAAAUGUGUAUAGGAAUGAUGCGUACGUGUAUCUAUAACGAGAACAAUAAGUACGUGUAUAUUAAAGUCACGAUAAGUUAAAUUAUGAAAUAUAUAUAUAUAUAUGUCACACGCGCUUCGGAUCUCUUGCGCUACAUCGACUUUCUUACAACUGAUUUCUUAUCAUUGUGAUCGACUCUAUGCCCGCGGAUUGACCGAUCGCACACCUUUUGUAUACUUUAUAACGAAUGAAUGAACAAGUACCAAUUUUUUACUCGUAUUAAUUUACGAAAUUGUAGUCUUGGUCCGCCCGCCGCGUAAACUCCAAUACGUCCCAUAUCCGCGAUUGAGCGAUUGCAGCACAAACGAGUGAACAUAAGAAUGAAAAACAUAGUUAACGAUAAACAAUAAAUCGAAGGGAGAUCCGAUGACGCCGAGAGUGAUCCUCUACCAAAAUGUAAUCGCGCGUUUCGCUGCUAAGCCGAAUAUGAACUUGUGUACAUACAGAAUUCGUUUAUUAGUUAUUAAUAUACAACAAAUUAUUUGACAGAUAA